ACAGCUGAGUGGAAGUAAUGCCCCCGCCGUGGAAGCAAGUGGUUCCUGUUGUCGGCGUGUUUGCCCUCUAUGGAGCAUGGGUGCUGAGGGACAGAUUCCAUCAUCACAUU